UCACAAGCUUCACGACUCCACUACUGUUGCAGACGUCGACGCUCUUGUUUUAAUCAGCGCUUGUAUUAAAGAAGCUUACCGUAAAGAUGUCCGCUCAGAACUCCGCAGGCAUUCAGACCCUCCUCGAUGCCGAGAGAGAGGCUCAGAAGAUUGUCCAGCAAGCCAGAGAAUACCGCACCAAGCGCAUAAGGGAGGCCAAGUCCGAGGCGCAAAAGGAGAUUGAGGAGUACAGAAAGCAGAAGGAGGAGGAGUUCAAGAAAUUCGAGGCUGAGCACUCGAGUGGAUACAAGAAGGCCGAGGAGGAUGCAAACAAGGAGGCCGAGGUGAAGCUCCAGGAGAUCAAGGACGCUGGCAACGAGAAGGGUGCCAAGGUCACUGAAGGCCUCAUCCAUGCGCUGGUGGACGUGAAGCCCGAGGCGUCGGAGAAGAUCGUGGUUAAGGCAUAGAGUGAUGAUGCCAAUCGUUGCGGCGGCAGCAUGAGGGGUUUUGGUUUGUCAUUUGCUUCAGCCUGUGAAUAUAGUUCUGAUCCUGCUGUUCGAGCAUUACAUAAAUUCCAUGUCGAGUCCUGUCUAAAAGGGUUAUUGAGCCACACCGGAGGUUGCCUAGAA